AUGGAGACCCUGCAGAGGCAGCAGGCAGCACGGCUGGCCCAAGGAGUGGGGCCCUUGGCCCCUCCCCGCCUACCGCUUCCACAGCCUUCUCUGCUUGGCACCCGGACCCUACAGGCUCCUGAGGGGGCUAUGGGGAUGGUUGGGGCUGAAGAAGAGGAGACUGCCGAAGAAGAUGAGGAGGGAGACGCGCCCUUAGCAGAAGAGGAGGCAGCUGAGGAGGUCCAUCCAGGAGCCCGAUGUCCCAACUCACCUUCCAGCCAACCCCCUGGAAUCCAACCGCAUGAGUGGACCUAUGAGGAACAGUUCAAGCAGCUGUAUGAACUCGACGCGGACCCCAAGAGAAAGGAAUUUCUGGACGACCUGUUUAGCUUCAUGCAGAAGAGGGGGACGCCAGUGAACCGGGUGCCCAUCAUGGCCAAACAGGUGCUGGACCUGUACGCAUUGUUUCGCUUGGUGACAGCCAAGGGCGGCCUGGUGGAAGUCAUCAACCGAAAAGUGUGGCGAGAAGUCACACGCGGCCUCAGUUUGCCCACCACCAUCACCUCUGCGGCCUUCACGUUACGCACCCAGUACAUGAAGUAUCUGUACCCAUACGAGUGUGAGACGCGGGCACUCAGUUCCCCAGGGGAGCUCCAGGCUGCCAUAGACAGCAAUCGGCGUGAGGGCCGUCGCCAGGCUUACACCACGGUCCCGCUCUUCAGCUUAGCAGGGACGACACCUCGGGGCGCUCCUGGCCCCGUCUCGAGCCAUGGCCCCGCCCCAGCCGCGACUCCGAGCUGUCCCGGUUCUGCCCAGGGUCCUGCUUCCGGCUUGCCAGCUCACGCUUGCGCUCAGCUGAGUCCGAACCCUGUAAAGAAAGAAGAGAGUGGACUUCCACCUCCACGUUUGGCACUACCUGUGGGCUUGGCCUUGGAGGCUGCCCGAGAAAAGCUGGCACCAGAAGAGCCUCCAGAGAAGAGGGCUGUGCUGAUGGGCCCCAUGGACCCACCUCGGCUGGGGGCACCCCCCAGUUUCCUUCCCCGUGGCAAGGCUCCCCUAAGGGAAGAGCGCUUGGACGGGCCCCUCAAUCUGGCAGGCAGUGGCAUCAGCAGUAUCAACAUGGCGCUGGAGAUCAAUGGGGUGGUCUACACUGGUAUCCUCUUUGCUCGACGUCAGCCUGUGCCAGCUUCCUUGGGUCCAACCAAUCCUCCACCCUCUACAGGGCCCCCUUCCAGCACCUUGCCCUGAAAGCAGCUACUUUUGAGCUGAGGGGAGAGAAGGUACCCUUCUGCCCUGACUCUUUCAGGAUAUGAUGUCCACUCUGGGAUCUGGUCCUGGGAGACACCAGCAUGUCACCACCUCC